AUGGCGGCAGGGUUAAGUGUAUCACAAGUACAGUUGUUGAAUCUCGAUUGUGAUAUCGUGCAUGAAUUGCCUGGUAAUGUGAAUGUGAGCCGUGAUCACAAAAAUGGAUAUGGUAAAGGGGUGGUGGGCGGCGAAAGCGAUAGCGAUAGCGAGGGUAGGGGCGGUGAUGGUAGCGGCAAUGGUGACAGUAUGAUGGUGGUGACAAUAUUGGGUGGUGUCGGUUAUGGUAGUGGCGGUCACGCUGGCAACAACAAUGGCGGUGGAUAUGGUGGUGGUGUUUGUGGUGGUGUUGGUGGUGGGGUUGGUGAUGAUUGUGGUAGUGAUGGUGGCAACAAUGGUGGUGGUAAUGACUGGGGGUGUUCAUAA